AUGGAGCAGCAGGUGUCCCCUGCGGCUGCUGAGGAGCAGGCGGGGGCGGCGGCGGACGCUCCGCAGCCCAGGCCGCUCAGCUUCUCCGCCGAGCAGGUCGCCUGCGUCUGCGAGGCCCUCCUCCAGGCGGGCGACAUCGCGCGGCUGGAGCGCUUCCUGCGGCUGCUGUCGCCGGCGGGGCUGAUCCGCGGCCACGAGUCCGUGCUGCGCGCGCGCGCCGCCGUCGCCUUCCAGCGCGGCCACUACCACGAGCUGUACGCCAUCCUCGAGUCGCAGCCGUUCAGCGCGCGCCACCACGCGCACCUGCAGCAGCUGUGGUUCGCCGCGCACUACCGAGAGGCGGAGCGCGUGCGCGGCCGGCCGCUCGGCGCCGUCGACAAGUACCGCCUGCGCAAGAAGUACCAGCUGCCCAGGACCAUCUGGGAUGGCGAGGAGACCGUCUACUGCUUCAAGGAGCGGUCGCGGAACGCGCUCAAGGAGUGCUACAACCGCAACCGGUACCCCACGCCCGACGAGAAGAAGGGCCUGUCCAAGAAGACGGGCCUGACGCUCACCCAGGUGUCCAACUGGUUCAAGAACCGGCGCCAGCGCGACAGGCCCGUCCACACCCGGAGUGGCAGCACGAGUAGCACUGGGAGUAAUGGAACAGCUGCAGAUGUCAGCCUUUUGUGGGGCAGUACUACUCCGACUCUGUGCUAUGCCACUCAUGGGGUUCCAGGAACUGGUGGAGUGAAGAGUGAACCUGAUGCGUAUAUUCAGGCUGCUUACAGCGCUGGAUACGAUGCUGUUCUGUCACCUCAAUGA